CCUCACCACCACCGAGUGGCGUUCUGACGAGAGAGAGGAGAAAUGUCGUCGAGCAUUCUCCGUUUCGGCGCAUUUGAUGUUACGUCGCAGGUGUUUGCGUCUACACGGCACGCAAUGGCUUUCGUCAAUCUCAAGCCCAUUGCUCCGUUGCACGUACUCGUCGUACCGCGUCUCAAUAGGUACAGGCGCCUCAAUGACCUGCCGCCGGACGUGCUGGGCGACGUCUUUGGCCUGGUCCAGGCCGUGCAGCGCGGCGUGGAGCGGGCGGCCGCGUGCGCCUCAUCGACAAUCAGCAUUCAGGAUGGGCCAGAUGCGGGGCAGACGGUUGACCAUCUCCACGUUCACAUUGUGCCCAGGCGCAAAGGCGACUUUGAGCCAAACGACGCCAUCUACCCCAAACUUGAUGAGUUUGGCCUGAAACUUCGGGCUGCUCAGCUGUGCGGGACCAUCGAGGACGAAGCGAGACAUCCAAGGAAACAGGAAGAAAUGCAGAAAGAAGCACAGUGGUUGGCGAGGGAGCACUUCGCAGAUCUUCAAUUUACCCCCCAAUAG